UCAUUGAGGUAGGAGCAACCAGGGCCAGGCUGAUUUCUUCCUCAGUCUGGGUGGUCGCAGGAGGAAGAAGAUGGGUCGAUGGGUCGAAGUGCCAAGGUCAGCAUGCGCCUGGAAGAGGAAGAAGCUUGAGGCUUUGCUUUGCCUGGCUGAAGACAAGGCUGAUUUGUGUCUGGCCAUGCUCAGAAGAGAUUUAUCGUGGCUACUAAAAAGGACCAGCUUCAGUGAUUUAGGCACUAUGUGGGUCCCCUCCCCACCUGCACUGGCUAAGAAAGCUGUGACCUGGGGACUUGGUUCAAGGGCCAGCCAGUUCUAAUUAGUGGCUAUCUGCUGUUGUCAAGGCUAAGGGUCCCCGUCUAUGUUUGUAACCUAUCUACCUGAGCCUCUGGGACCUGGUUUCUGCUCCCCAAAUAGGUGGAGUGGGAAGGAAAAGAGCAGCUGUGUGGACCUAUGAGGAGUCCUGAAAGGACAAGGGCUGGGGGCCAGGGACUCGUGGCUCCGGGCCACCUGGGAAACCUGACCGAGGUGGUGCAGGAGAGCUCAGGGGUGUUAGUUCUGGAAAGGCUUGUUAGACUGACCCAGAUGCUCUGCGUCAGGCCCUGCAGAUCUGGUCCUAUUCAGUAGCGGGUUUUUUACAGUUCUGUUUUGAUGGAUAGAGUCCUUUCCCCACCCUUCCGCUCCUUUAAAGCCCCAUGCCCUCCCCGUGUCCCCCCUUUGAUGACGGAGCAGGCAGGAGAAGUCCAGCUCAUGAGGGGCAUUUGUGGCCAGCAUCCCCUGAGCCUGGGUUUCGUAGGGGCUCAAGCUACUCUGUUGGGUCCACUUGAGUCUGACAUUUAAAAUGGCGGGAUGGGGUUGCUUCUACCUGUAAAGCAUCGGUGUGAGUGGGGAGGCAGGAGCCUGGCUCUGGUGUAGAGAUCUCGACCAGCCAUCCUGCCUCACCCUGGGAACGUCUUGGGAGGUGUCUGGCGGUGGGGCGGAGUGGCAGAUUUUGAGCAUCUGGAAGCAGGAAGAAUCUCUUACUCCCUGUGGGUACUUAAGGCUGGGGCAGCUUUCUUGGCCCUGUGGACAAGAAAAGCAGACCUUCGGGUGGCGUGUGUACGAGUCAGGUCCUUCUUUCUCAAACCAACCAUACGCAUCCGUGUACAGGGUCCCCCCCUGGCGCCCAGCCUCACUCGUGUAUUGAGAAAGGCCGGCAGGGCCAGCUCGUGCGUGGCCCUUUCUUAAUUUCCCUUGAAGAUGCCCAAGUUCCGCCAAGUUCCUCAGCUUUGGCUCUCACGUUGCAGCAGGGAAGGUGCCGUGAGAGAAAACAGCAAUUUUACCUGCAACCGGGACUCUCCCGCUGGAGACAGGGGCGAGCCACCCUUGGCCCUGGGCCUGUCCACCCGGAAGGCCCUCAGCAUCCUGAAGGAGCAGCUCGAGGCGGUGCUGGAAGGACACCUGAAGGAACGGAAGAAAUGUCUCACGUGGAAGGAGAUGUGGAGAAGCAGCUUCCUGCACCACAGUAACCGCUGCUCCUGCUUCCACUGGCCGGGCGCCUCGCUCAUGCUGCUGGCGGUGCUGCUGCUGCUGGGCUGCCACGGGGGCCAGCCGGCGGGCAGCCACGGGGCCGAGCUGGUGAGCGCCUCGGCGCUGUGCCUCCUGCUCCUUCUCAACCUCAUCCUCAUCGGGCGGCAAGAUCGGCUGAAGCGCAGGGAGGUAGAGCGGAGGCUCCGAGGGAUCAUUGACCAAAUCCAAGAUGCGCUCAGGGAUGGCAAGGAGAUCAAGUGGCCGGAUGCCAUGUACCCAGACCUCCACAUGCCCUUUGCACCAUCCUGGUCCCUGCACUGGGCGUACAGAGAUGGACAUCUGGUCAACCUGCCAGUUAGCCUGUUGGUGGAAGGAGACAUCAUAGCUCUGAGGCCCGGCCAGGAAUCGUUCGCCUCUCUGAGGGGGAUCAAGGAUGAUGAACACAUUGUCUUAGAGCCGGGAGACCUGUUUCCCCCUUUCUCUCCACCCCCUUCCCCCAGGGGAGAAGUGAAGAAAGGGCCACAGAACCCACAGCAGCACAGACUCUUCCGUGUCCUUGAGACCCCUGUGAUUGACAACAUCAGGUGGUGCCUGGACAUGGCCCUGUCCCGCCCAGUCACUGCUCUGGACAACGAACGGUUCACGGUGCAGUCGGUGAUGUUGCACUACGCUGUGCCUGUGGUCCUGGCCGGCUUCCUCAUCACCAAUGCCCUGCGCUUUAUGCUGAAUGCCCCUGGGGUCACGUCCUGGCAGUACACCCUCCUCCAGCUACAGGUGAACGGCGUCCUGCCCGUCCUCCCCCUGCUCUUUCCAGCCCUCUGGGUUCUGGCGACCGCCUGUGGAGAAGCCCGCGUCCUGGCUCAGAUGAGCAAGGCCUCUCCCAGCUCCUUGCUGGCCAAGUUCUCGGAGGACACUCUCAGCAGCUAUACAGAAGCCGUCUCCUCUCAGGAAAUGCUACGCUGCAUUUGGGGUCACUUCCUGCGGGUGAUCCAGGGGACGUCGCCGACGCUGAGCCAUAGUUCCAGCCUGUUGCACAGCUUGGGCUCUGUCACGGUCCUAUGCUGUGUGGACAAACAGGGGAUCCUGUCGUGGCCAAACCCCAGCCCGGAGACCGUGUUGUUCUUCAGUGGGAAGGUGGAGCCCCCACACAGCAGCCACGAGGACCUAACAGAUGACCUGUCCACCCGCUCCUUCUGCCACCCCGAGGUAGAGGAGGAGCCCCACGAACGAGAUGCCCUCCUGGCUGGCUCCCUGAACACUUCCCUGCACCUUUCCAAUGAGCAGGAACGUGGUGACUGGCCCGGUGACGGUCCCAAGCCCCCUGAAUUCUACUCUCACCACAAAGCACACGGCCGCAGCAAACACCCAUCCGGCUCCAAUGUGAGCUUCAGCAGGGACACAGAGGGUGGUGAAGAAGAGCCUGGCAAGGCCCAGCCCGGACUGGAGGGCGAGCCGUACGAAGCGGAGGACUUUGUGUGUGACUACCACCUGGAGAUGCUGAGCCUGUCACAGGAUCAGCAGAACCCCUCCUGCAUCCAGUUCGAUGACUCCAACUGGCAGCUGCACCUUACAUCCCUGAAGCCCCUGGGUCUCAACGUGCUGCUGAACUUGUGUAACGCCAGCGUCACGGAGCGGCUGUGCCGGUUCUCAGACCACCUGUGCAACAUCGCCCUGCAGGAGAGCCACAGCGCCGUCCUGCCCGUGCACGUACCCUGGGGCCUCUGCGAGCUGGCCCGCCUCAUAGGCUUCACUCCUGGGGCCAAGGAGCUCUUCAAACAGGAAAACCACCUUGCACUCUACCGCCUCCCCAGUGCCGAGAUGGUGAAGGAAACCUCACUGGGAAGGCUCUCCUGUGUCACCAAGCGGCGCCCCCCCCUCAGCCACAUGAUCAGCCUCUUCAUCAAGGACACCACCACCAGUACAGAACAGAUGCUGUCCCAUGGCACGGCGGACGUGGUCUUAGAGGCCUGCACAGACUUCUGGGACGGGGCCGACAUCUACCCUCUUUCGGGUUCUGACAGAAAGAAAGUGCUGGAUUUCUACCAGCGAGCCUGCUUGUCUGGCUACUGCUCUGCCUUUGCCUACAAGCCCAUGAGCUGCGCCCUGUCCUCUCAACUCAACGGCAAGUGCAUUGAGCUGGUGCAGGCGCCUGGCCAAAGCAGCAUCUUCACCAUGUGCGAGCUGCCCAGCACUGUCCCCAUCAAGCUCAGCACCCGCCGCAACAGCUGGAGCUCUGACGAAGGGAUCGGGGAGGUGCUGGAGAAGGAAGACUGUAUGCAGGCCCUGAGCGGCCAGAUCUUCAUGGGCAUGGUGUCCUCCCAGUACCAGGCCCGGCUGGACAUCGUGCGCCUCAUCGAUGGGCUGGUCAAUGCCUGCAUCCGCUUCGUCUACUUCUCUUUGGAGGAUGAGCUCAAAAGCAAGGUGUUUGCAGAAAAGAUGGGCCUGGAGACAGGUUGGAACUGCCACAUCUCUCUCACGCCCAAUGGGGACAUGCCUGGCUCUGAGAUCCCCCCCUCCAGCCCUAGCCAUGCUGGCUCCCUGCAUGAUGACCUGAAUCAGGUGUCCCGAGACGAUGCAGAAGGGCUCCUUCUGAUGGAGGAGGAGGGUCACUCUGACCUCAUUAGCUUCCAGCCGACAGACAGUGACCUCCCCAGCUUCCUGGAGGACUGCAACCGGGCCAAGCUGCCCCGAGGCAUCCACCAGGUGCGUCCCCACCUGCAGAACAUUGACAACGUGCCCCUGCUAGUGCCCCUGUUCACCGACUGUACCCCCGAGACCAUGUGUGAGAUGAUCAAGAUCAUGCAGGAAUAUGGGGAGGUGACCUGCUGCCUGGGCAGCUCUGCCAACCUCAGGAACAGUUGCCUUUUCCUCCAGAGCGACAUCAGCAUCGCCCUGGAUCCCCUGUACCCAUCCCGCUGCUCCUGGGAGACCUUUGGCUACGCCACCAGCACCAGCAUGGCCCAGGCCUCGGAUGGCCUUUCUCCCCUGCAGCUCUCGGGGCAGCUCAACAGCCUGCCCUGCUCCCUGACAUUUCGCCAAGAAGAGACCAUCAGCAUCAUCCGGCUCAUUGAGCAGGCUCGGCACGCCACCUACGGCAUUCGCAAGUGCUUCCUCUUCCUGCUGCAAUGCCAGUUGACUCUGGUGGUCAUCCAGUUCCUGUCUUGUCUGGUUCAGCUGCCACCGCUGCUGAGUACCACUGACAUCCUGUGGCUGUCCUGCUUUUGCUACCCUCUGCUCAGCAUCUCUCUGCUGGGAAAGCCCCCGCAUAGCUCCAUCAUGUCUAUGGCCACGGGGAAGAACCUUCAGUCCAUUCCUAAGAAGACCCAGCACUACUUCCUGCUCUGCUUCUUGCUCAAAUUCAGCCUCACCGUCAGCUCGUGCCUCAUCUGCUUUGGCUUCACGCUGCAGAGCUUCUGUGACAGCUCCCGGGCCCGCAACCUCACCAACUGCUCCUCCAUCAUGCUGAGCAGUCAUGCCGACACAGCUCCAGCCUGGUUUGACGACUUUGCCAACGGACUGCUGACGGCCCAGAAGCUCACGGCGGCCCUGACCGUCCUGCACACGGUCUUCAUUUCUAUCACCCACGUGCAUCGCACCAAGCCCCUGUGGAGAAAGAGCCCCUUGACAAACCUCUGGUGGGCCGUGACGGUGCCCGUGGUCCUGCUGGGGCAGGUGGGCCAGACGGCAGUGGACCUACAGCUGUGGACACACAGGGACAGCCGUGUCCACUUUGGCCUGGAGGACGUGCCUCUGCUGACAUGGCUCCUGGGCUGCCUCUCCCUGGUCCUUGUGGUGGUCACCAACGAGAUCGUGAAGCUGCAUGAGAUUCGGGUCCGGGUUCGCUACCAGAAGCGACAGAAACUGCAGUUUGAAACGAAGCUGGGCAUGAACUCCCCCUUCUGAGCCAUUGGCCACAGUGCCCAUAGUUGCCCUGGUCCUGGGGCUAAAGCCAGACCAGUUUCUGAGUCUGGGGAGUUGGUAUCGCGAAGGUUUCAGGGUUUCCUCUUGCGCCCCAUGGCACUGGAGGCCCAGCUCUGUGUCAGACCCAGCUGUCAUCCUGCCCCCUCCCCGGGGCUUAACCGUGGAGGAGCUGGUGAGCCAUGGCCUCGGCAUCAGGCCGGUCUGGUCUUGAAUGUAUGACCUAGUGCACUUAGUAGAGGGGCCCUUAGCUCCCUCCACCUGUGGGCUGCCCCCCUCUUUAGGGGCUCUUAACCCAGGGCCCUCUGCUCUGGGGUCUCCGGGCAGAGCCGUGAACUGUGGGGCCAGGACCUCAGGGGUAGCAGCCGUGGGAGGUCCAGACAGGCCACUGUCGAAGGCAGCAGUGGUGGUGUAUCCUCCCUGCACCCCAGCCUGUCUUCCUGGGGCAGGAGCCUGGAUGUGGUUGAGUGUUUCCCCUCCCUCCUUCUACGGGGGAGCCUCACACUCAGACCUGAAGAUGAAGAGCCCGCCCCCCCACCCCCGACCCCGCCUGGCCCUGGCCCCUCUUCCUGUGCUGCCUUCAAGCUGGCCUCGAGCGUCAGUCUUGGGGAUGUGGCCCAGGGCUCCUUUUAGCCCCCUGCCGUAGUUCUCGUGUGAGAAUGUUUUUACUGGUGUAUAUUUUUUACUGGAAAUGAGCCUUUUAGGAAUGAAUGUAGACUGGUUUGUAUUAAAACUUGUAAAUUGCCUAAGAAAAAUCUGUGGCUGGUCCAUGAGGCAGCCACUAAGGGGCCCACCCAAGACUUUGGCUGGUGAGGGAGCCCCGAAAGCGAGGGGAGGGCCCGAGCCUUCCUCCUUCCACACUGGCAAGAGCCCUCAGGUCUGGCUCAGGUGAGAACCCUGGGCUCGGAGGUCCACGGCACAGAUCCAAACACACAGCCCGAUCACGUGGAAUGACACUUUCAUUGGUGUUAGUUGGGAGAAGAGGUUAAUGGUUACAGAGCCGGGGCCUGGGCCAACCAGAUCAGGCUUCCGGCCCCGAGGUGGGCAGUGGGCACUCUUGCUGUGGUUCGAAGCCCCUUCCCUUGUGUCCUCUCAGGUGGUUAUAGAUAGAAUAAAUUCCAUUUAAAAUAUA